GGGUUUUAAAGUUUGUUUUUCAAUGACUACUGUUAUUUGUUGGGACAGAGGACACUUCGCUGAGUUGCUGAGCUACUGGCAGUUUGUUGGCAAAGACAAAAGUGCAAUGGCAGCAGAAUACUUUGAUUCGCUGAAGCAGUAUGAGAAAAACUGCGAGGGCGAGGAGAGCAUGAUGUGCUUAGCAGACCUCUAUGAAACCCUGGGACGAUUCCUCAAGGACCUAGGCCUGCUCAGUCAGGCAGUGGUGCCUUUGCAGAGGUCUCUAGAAAUUCGAGAAACCGCUUUAGAUCCAGAUCACCCACGAGUAGCUCAGUCCCUCCACCAACUGGCAAGUGUGUACGUUCAGUGGAAGAAGUUUGGCAAUGCAGAGCAACUGUAUAAACAGGCUUUGGAAAUCUCCGAAAAUGCCUAUGGUGCAGACCAUCCGCAUAUUGCUCGUGAACUUGAGGCCCUUGCAACUCUGUACCAGAAACAAAAUAAAUAUGAACAAGCUGAACAUUUUAGGAAAAAAUCUUUUAAAAUUCGUCAGAAAGCUACAAGGANCUGGUCAUGCAGGCUGCAGUAG